CAGUUAAAAGUUCGUGUUUGUAAUUUGCGCCAUCUUUCGUGAUGAUUUUGCAGUAUACAUAAUGUACAUACAUCGAUAAGAGUGGUGGUGUCACAACGUUAUCAAUUUUCUCCAAAGGAAGAAAAAACCGGCAUUAUCCAUCCAUUGCGUUGGGUUUUCUCCAGCAAUUAUAAGGAAGAAAAGGAACAUUGUUGAAAGGAAACAUGGGAGAACCAUCAGGACUAUCCAAUUCUGAAGCAAAAGAGCUCUGUCAAGCUGCUGAUCCAGCUACCAAGGAUUUUUUGUUUCAGCAGACAAUGUAUAGAAUCAAGGAUCCAAAAAAGACAUUACCAUUCUACACGGGAGUUCUUGGUAUGACACUCCUUACCAAAUUGGACUUCCCGGAGAUGAAGUUUACUCUCUACUUCCUUGGGUACGAAAAUCCCAGUGAUGUACCCCAAAAUCAGAGUGAACGCAAUCGAUGGGCGUUAAGUCGUAAAGCAACAUUGGAACUGACUCAUAAUUGGGGUACUGAAACUGAUCCGGACCAAAAGUACCACACAGGGAAUUCCGAUCCAAGAGGAUAUGGACACAUUGGUGUUCUUGUUCCGGAUGUUUAUGAAGCUUGUGCAAGAUUCGAAAAGCUUGGUGUGGAGUUUGUGAAGAAGCCGGACGAUGGAAAAAUGAAGGGUUUGGCAUUUAUUAAGGAUCCCGAUGGCUAUUGGAUUGAGAUCUUCAAUCCCCACAAGAUGAGUUCAAUAUAAAAAUGCUCAACUCUCUGAAACCCGGUAAAUGCCUUACUACUGCAUCAUAGUCCGAUUGCCGGAUUUUUUUAAUGCAUAUUUUGCAAUAAAUGAAAUAUGUUUGCAAAUUA